UUUUUGAUUUAGUUAUGUGCAAAUGUUACUUGGUUGAUGGUUAAAGAUAUUUUUAGAAAGCUUUGCUUGAUUGUUUUUCUGCACAGACACUUGUACUGUUCCUUGAGAAAAUUCUAAGGUCCAGUACUUUUGCAUGCGACACAACACAAACCUGUUCAUGACUGUUUAGUAUCUAAAGACAAGUGAGAGUAGUUUAAAAAGCUGAAACCCAAAUUCACCCAAAAGAGUGUAUUACAUUAAAUUUAAAAUAGAUUUUUUUAAAGCAGACAUUUUAAACAGUGACCACUGUUAAAUAAGUUUUUGAAAAAUAUAAAUCUAAGCUUUUGUGAAAUAUGAACUUGCAAGUUUGAAAUUACAGGAUCUAAUGUUCCAAAAACACAUUCCAAAAAAAAAUCUUUUUAAAAGUAUUAAUUUGGCCAUGUAUUUAUUGAAUUUAUCUAUUUAUUAGAUUCUUGGAAUAUGAAUCUUUGGCAGAUUACUCCAAUUACAACAAUGUAACUGAAGCUAAAAGUGAACUUUACAUAAAAGCAAGUCUAGAAAAGUGGGCUUAAAAGUAAUUUAAAAGAAGUUACUGACUCUGCAAGUUUUAUUUCCUCAGUCAAAAGUUGAGGGGACCAAUAAAAAUACAGGAUUGUUCUGAGACAAAAUAACAGCACUGGAGCGCUGAAUCAUUUAGUGUCUGAGGUGUUUUGCAGGGUCGGUGUUCAUAUGCCAUGUUUGUUUUUGUUUUGUUUAUCAAAUCAAACCAUCUUUAAAGUUUUCCUAAAUAAUUAAAUCUCCUGACCCUCUCUCCUUCACGACACUCUGACUUCACCGUGUGUUUUUGGCGCCACCACGUGGAGAGCUAAACAUGCGUCAUCACCCCGCGCUGCUGUCGCGGUUCUCCGGCGCCUAGCAACCUCACAACUUGUGUCCCCGCACCGACCAAUCAGGAGCCGUCGUGCGGACAGAGCGGACCAAUCAGAGUAGAGGAUUUCGGCACCGAUUUAAACUAAGAGCGAGCGCUUCCUGUUUUGUCAACUGCAACACACACAAGCGUGAACGGCCGAGUAGAGAAGGCAAAAGGCAAACUUUUGACCUGUUUCUUCAUCUUUAUCGUCAGAGAAAGCGUCCGUUGACAGAAACAAGAUGCCGUCCCGUGUUGAAGACUACGAGGUGUUGUACACCAUCGGCUCCGGCUCCUACGGAAGAUGCCAGAAAAUAAGACGAAAAACUGACGGGAAAAUUCUGGUGUGGAAGGAGUUGGAUUAUGGCACCAUGGCAGAGAGUGAAAAGCAGAUGCUGGUGUCAGAGGUGAACCUCCUGAGGGAGCUCAAGCACCCGAACAUCGUGAGGUACUACGACCGCAUCAUAGACCGGACCAACACUACACUCUAUAUUGUAAUGGAGUAUUGUGAAGGUGGGGACCUGUCCAGUCUCAUCAGCCGCUGCAUCAAGGAAAGACGUUACCUGGAGGAGCAGUUCAUCCUACGAAUGAUGGCUCAGCUCACGUUGGCCCUGAAGGAGUGUCACAGACGGAGUGACGGCAGGGCCACGGUUCUUCAUAGAGACCUGAAACCAGCCAACAUCUUCCUUGACAGCAAGCAGAACGUCAAGCUAGGCGACUUCGGCCUCGCGAGGAUCCUCAACCACGACACCAGCUUUGCAAAGACGUUUGUUGGAACACCCUACUACAUGUCUCCUGAGCAAAUAAACAGGAUGUCGUACAACGAGAAGUCUGACAUUUGGUCACUGGGAUGUUUGCUGUAUGAACUUUGUGCAUUAUCGCCUCCAUUUACUGCUUACAACCAGAGAGAGCUGGCAGAAAAGAUCAGGGAGGGGAAGUUCAGAAGAAUCCCCUACCGCUACUCUGAGGAACUGAACACCCUACUCAACAAAAUGCUCAACCUAAAGGACUAUAUGAGGCCUUCUGUGGAGUCAAUCCUCCAGAGCAGCCUGCUGAGUGAUGCGGUCGCCGAGGAGCAGCGGAGGACGCAGCUGCGACCCCGAAGGAGACCGGACGACUCCGAAUGUCCCGUCCACAAACCGACCGAACCGGCGCCCGCCUCACCUGCAGAGCUCAGAAUGAGGGAACAGGCGCUGCGGGACAGAGAACAGGCUCUGAAGGAACGUGAGGAAAGGCUGGAGAAAAGGGAGCAGGAGCUGUGUGUUCGUGAGCGACUGUCAAAUGAGAAGCUGUCACGAGCUGAGAGUUUACUGAAGAACUGCAGCCGCCUACAGCAGCAGAGGGAACUAGCACCGUUCUAUGGCAAAGACAUAGAUGUGGACAGCUUGUCACCGGGCAAGAAGAAAGUCCACUUUGCAGGAGAGAGCAAAGAGAACCAGCGGCCCGAUAGUCGCCAGAGCGUGACGUCCCAGGAGGUGAUGCUGAGGAGGCUGCAGGUGGCCAAUCUGCGAGCACAAACACUGAACGAAGUGGAGAAGAUGUGUCAGUUCAAGAGCCGGCAGAUCCUGGACAUUCGCUGAUCAAACUCACAUGACCGACUCAUGGCUGAAGAAAACUUCUGAUAGCUCAGAGUCGUAACAGCUGGAUGUAGCUUAGAAUUUAUUUAUGAUUGCUGAGUAGCUAUGAAGCCAAACAACUCAACCCAAUGCAUCGUUACCUGUUAUAACGAGCUUUUUAGUGUAUUUUUAGAUGGAUGGUUUGAUGAGUGUGUGUGUAGAUAUUACAGGCAGCUAUUGUGAUUGUCACUGUACUGUAUAUUCUUGCUGUAUUGUUUUGUUUCUUUCACAAAUGUUACACCAGGAGACAUAAAAGAGAAGAUUCUUGGAUUUAUUUGUACAUGAAGAGAGAGCAGUCAAUGUAAAAUAACUCAUGUACCUGUGAUGACAAUUAACAUGUUACUAUCAAGAUGGAAAUUUCAAUUUGUAAUAAAUGUAUGAAACUAA